UUGGUGGAUCACGCACUUGACUUUCUUUCCCCUUUUUUUUCAAUUUAAUUAAAGUAAGUAAUUAAUUUAAUCUUUUGUUGUAGGUUUCACACUUUUGGCAAUACUGAAAAAAUAAAAUAAAACAUUGAACAACCCGCAAUUUUCCACUAUAUUUUUCAUUCCCAGAUGAACAAUUUUAUUUUAAUUUUAAUUUUACCUGUAUCGAUUUUGAGAGCUUGAUGAAUUCCAGGACAAAAAUAGUUAGAUUUCUCCAAAUUAUAUGCAAAUUAUAAAAUUGAACCGAAAAAAAACGAAUUUUGAUGAAGAUGACGAAGAAAUGGUAGAAUUUGAUGAUGAUGUGAAAUGGAUCUGAAACCCUAAUAAAUCAUCAGUUUUGGAACAAGGUAACAAAUUUUCGAAGCUAUUUCAAUUGCCAUGGAUUUUAGAGACUCAUGCGUUUAUGAAGGAAACUGUAAUAAGGAAAAGAAAAUUAAUAAUAAAAUUAGUGUUUGGUGUUUAGUUUGAAAUAUUUGUGUGAAUAGUUUGGAUUGUUAUUAAUUCAGGGGAAGUGAGGUUUGGAUUGAUCAUUAGAUACUAUUUAGGUUAUUGAAACAUGCAUGCCAGAUAUCGUGGUCCGGUAAAUGGGAAUAGGUCUAGUUCAAUGGGUGUAGGAGCUUCACCUGAGCGAUUUGCGAGAGGUGGUGGUGAGUAUAGAAACUAUAGUCGGGGGCGUGGUCAGUCAAAGCAGUUUGGAUUGCCUCAUGGAAAUGAAAUUUUCAUGGAAGCUGGACGGCUAGCGGCUGAGUACCUUGUAUCCAAGGGAGUGUUGCAUCCAAGUGCUUUAGCUGGGAAAUAUCAAAAUGGUAGCUUAAAUAAUUCGGUUGGAGAGUUUCAGGGGUUUAGGUCACAGGAGGCUGAUUUUAUGGGGGUCCCUGUUGAAGGUCGAAUAUCAGCUAUUCCUCGUUUGGGGAGUGCUGCAGCUGAUGUAGGUCAUGGUAGGAAAAGGUUUCCGGAGGAAUAUAAUUCAAUGAGUUCAAGAAGUUUUGUGAGAGAAAGUAGAAGAAAUGAAACUGCUAGAAAUUAUGGCUCUGAGUUCGAUCGAGAAUUAGGAAGAGUUGGGUCGUGGAAUAGAGUCAGAAACUCUCCUGAUGUGGAUGCUCAAGAUAAUGCUUUUUCAGGGAAUAGAGCUGAACAGAAAGUAGCGAAGAAUAGUGAUGCGGUGUUGCAAAGUUCCCCUCCCAGGAAAAUAGAUCCUGUGAUUGAGAGUUCAGGGAACUCAUUGAUUGAUUCAGACUCUGCAGGCCAAAACAAGGCAGGGGAUGAUGCAGGUAAAAAGGCAAGUCCUAUUAGAAUUGAAAUUAAUCUUCCAUUAGAGGAUGAACGACAACAUACUGAGAAGUGUAUUGAAAUGGAAACCUCAAAAAUAGAAGUUGAUCAGGUUGCUGUUUCCAACGAUUAUUGUGAUUUGGAGACAAAAUCUGCCAAGGAGGACAUAGAAGUUGAACCGUGUACUGAAGAACAUAUGCAUACGAGCAAGAGUACUGAAGAACAUACACAGAUGACCAAGAGUAGUAAUAAUUUACUUAGUGUCUGGAGGUUUGAGCAUGUUCCCAAGAAAACCCGCUCUUCAUUGGCAAAUAGAGUUCUGAAGGUUUUUGAUAAUGCAGUCAUCAAAGAUGAGAACGCCCGUGAGAUGGAGCUUCCUAAGGAUACUCAAAUGCAUUCAGAACUGAACCAUGUGGAUGUUUCUGCAGGUGUAAUUUCAUCUCCUCAUAGUCAUGAUGCAAGAAACCUUGAUUCUGGCAAGUCGGAACCUCUUGAUUUGGAGGAAGAAUCACGUUCUUCUCAAGUCAUUAAGCAAGUAAAUGAGACGGAUUCCUCGUCUCUUGGAGACAGCAUGGUAAUAAAGGAGGACGAAACAAUUGUGGAGUUACGUGGAUUUGAAAGUUGCAAUUCUAUUAACUUGGAAAGAGGAGAGAAACGAGCACUAGAGCAUGACGAUGAUUGUAUAGGGAGAACUAAGAAACCUAGAGAAUUGGUUUCAUCUAUGUGUUCUCUGUCAGAUGCUAUUCUGUACCAUUCUAGUUCCAUGGAAGACUGGUCGAAUUCACAGGAACCAGGGACUUCGCAUGGCGAGGGAGUGCUAUUGUCAUUAGAUGAGAAGAAGUUGGUUGACAUUCCUCUGGUUACCAAGAGUGAUUUGGAGUCAGGCACUGACUUUACAGGAAAACAACUUUUUCCAGGCUCCUUGAAAACUUGUGACCUCAAUCUUUUGGAAGCUUCUGUUGUGAAUGAGACUCAAAAUGCUGAUCCUGUUAAUAUCUUCCCAGGGAUAACUGGAAGUGUAAAAGAAGAAGCACCAGUUGAUAUUGAUCUGACCAUGAGCAGUAACUGCAAUACAGCUAGUCAAUAUGCUAAAUCUGCCUUUGAUCAUAUUGACAUUGAGGUGAUUGAUUUGGAUAAUGAUUCUGAACAAGAAGACAAGGCUUUGAAUAAUCCAGAUACAAGGUCUGAAGUUGUAUUUACUGGAUCAGAUGGAUUUUCUAAUAACCCCCAUGGUACCAACGAUACUACUGAUGUUCAGGACGGUUAUGGACUGAUGAUAUCAGAAUUGCUUGGGAAUGAUAUACCAAGAUGUUCUUCUGUACCAGAAAAUAUGAAUUCUUUUCACAAUGAUAUGGGCCCGCAUAAUGGAGAGGGAGUGCUUGGAGAUGAUGAUUCAAUAUAUAUGUCUUUGGGAGAAAUACCGAUAAGCUUUCUGACGGCCUGGGAGCAGCAGACACAAGAAUUCGGCAAGCCAUUUUAAGCUACAACCUUUCCAGGUUUUCAUGAAAUAUAUUAUACAAUAAUCAUCUGUAUGGCUAAAUUUAGCUGUCAAAGGUUAGCUUUAUGCUACAGUAACUUCGUGUAUAUUUCAUGACUUGUGUAAGAUCCUCACUUCCACCUGAUGAAAGUACUGUCCGCGCACCCCCUUCCUCGUCUCUUGAAGGGAGGUAGUCAAAUGUAUUUUCUUUACUCCAUUUCUGUUUCACUCGUUUUUUCUGUCAUAAUUUGUCCUCUCUUGAAUAAAAGUUUAGCAGUUCUCUGA